ACAUGACCGAGAGCUCUAGCCACAGCGAAUAGGAAGUAACGGGCGCAGAGUGCACGCGGGCAAUUCGGCUAUGGUGUAGCAGCGUAUAUGGAAGAAUAGCUGUGUGAACUCGCCGUUUUGGACAAAACCACAUUUUGGAUUAAUUGGUUGCUCUUGGAAAUGUUGAAGCCCGGAGACCCGAGCGGCUCUGCUUUUUUGAAAGUGGACCCAACUUACAUUCAGCACUGGCAGCAGCUCUUCCCUCAAGCACAACUGAAGAACGGCGCCCUCGCGCAGCUCCAGCCACCGGAGCGUGUCACGAUCCCGGUGGAGAGCUUGCGACAGCGGCCGAACCUCAUCUCUGUAUCGUCCUCAUCGGGUCUCACUUCGUCCUCUACGUCCACACACUCCUCUUGUACGCCCUCAGCAGUGUCUUCGUUGGCAGGUUUAACGCAACUCUCUGUACCACAAAUUGCACUUUUUGGACAAACUUUGUGCACUGACCUGGUAACGUCAGAUAGCAGCACACAAUCCAAGGAACUCUGCUUUUCGUCGAACUUCAAGAAUGACAAAAGCUCAAAGUUCAAACUGACCUCGGAGGAGUUAGACUACUACCUCUACGGACAACAGAGGAUGGAAAUAAUUCCAUUGAACAAUAACACCAGCGACCAGACAAACCGCUGUGAUAUGUGUGCGGAUAACCGUAACGGAGAGUGCCCCAUGCAUGGACCCCUGCACUCGCUGCGGCGUUUGGUGGGCACCAGCAGCGCGUCCUCCGCGGUGCCCCCUCCAGACGUGCCUGAGUGGCUGCGGGACCUGCCGCGCGAAGUCUGCCUCUGCACCAGCACGGUGCCCGGCCUCGGCUACGGCAUCUGCGCAGCCCAGCGCAUCCCACAAGGCACCUGGAUCGGGCCCUUUCAGGGCGUCCCCCUCCUGCUGGAGAAGGUGCAGGCGGGAGCCGCGAGGAAUACACGACAUCUGUGGGAGAUCUAUGACCAGGAGGGGACACUACAGCACUUUAUUGAUGGCAAUGAGCCAAGCAAGUCCAGUUGGAUGCGUUAUAUUCGCUGUGCCAGGCACUGUGGGGAGCAGAAUAUGAUGGUGGUUCAGUACAGGUCAUGUAUUUUCUAUCAGGCCUGCAUGGACAUCCCUCGAGGGACAGAGCUGCUGGUCUGGUACAACGACAGCUACACCUCCUUCUUUGGCAUCCCUCUCCAGUGCAUCGCCCAGGAUGAAAACCUAAAUGUCCCCGCCACUGUCAUCGAGGCGAUGUCCCGGCAGGAGAGCCUCCAGCCCUUCAGUAAGGGUGGGAAGGGGGGAUCCUCUGGCGUCCUGCUGCGCUCCAUGGUCUUCCCCCACUCGCCCUGCCCACGAGGCUUCUCUCUGAUGGACAAGGGUGGUCCAGCUGACUCCGGCUACAACCAGAUGGGCUCCAAGAACCAGCGUGUGCUAGCGAGCCCCACCUCCACCAGCCAGCUGAGCUCAGAGUUCAGCGACUGGCAUCUCUGGAAGUGUGGCCAGUGUUUCAAGACCUUCACCCAACGCAUACUACUGCAGAUGCACGUGUGCCCACAGAACCCAGACAGACCAUACCAGUGUGGCCACUGCUCACAGUCCUUCUCCCAGCCGUCGGAGCUGCGGAACCACGUGGUCACACACUCAAGCGACCGGCCCUUCAAGUGUGGCUACUGUGGCCGAGCCUUCGCUGGAGCAACUACACUCAACAACCACAUCCGCACACACACUGGGGAGAAGCCAUUCAAGUGCGAGCGCUGCGACCGGAGCUUCACACAGGCCACGCAGCUGAGCAGACACCAGCGGAUGCCCAACGAGUGCAAGCCCAUCAGUGAGAGCAGCGAAUCAAUCGAGGUGGAUUAGCUGAUUGACUGGCCGGAAUUAAACUGCAAGGAAAAUCAUGAUUAAAUGUCACGGACACUUAAGCAAAACCAAAGAUUUCCUCUGAGAAACUCUCAAUCAGCCCCACGGAAAACCAAAAGCAGUAAUAAAAUAAGUAAGAUGUUAAGAGAUAUUGAUCCUGGCACAAGAUAAGGAGACUGGACAUGGAUGGGGGGUUGGGGAGGCAGGAGGGGGAUUGGGAGGUGAUACUGGGAGAAACAAAAUGUGGGAAGAGCAGAAUAUUUAUUUAUGACUCUCAGCUCUGUGAAGAAGAGAUUGGACAGUAAAAAAUCCAAAUAGUGCAAAAAGUGGUUUCUUUGCUUUUGAUCUUGGUGUCUUACACUCAGUGUUACAAAACCAAAGAGACUGUAGAGCAUUGGAUGCUUAAAAACUACACUGACAAUGCACAACCUUUGCCCAAUGGCAAAGGAGCAUGAAUUAAAAGGACACACUUUAAUUCCACCAAUAAAUGAAUGAGAAAUGCAUUCAGUGAGUAAAACAGGAAACAUGACACACACCACCUUUAUAAAAUGUACAUUCUAAAUUAUAGUAUAUUUCUCCCAUAUCAUGCUUUUGGCACUUUUAAAUCUGUUAUUUAUGUUUUCUGAUUGGCCCUGCUCUUAAAUGUAAUGCUGAAGAGACUAUUUAAGUAUAAGCAGACAUGGUUGCUUAAAUGCAGAUUAUGCUAGUCCUUACUACAAAAUAUAAUAAGAAGGGCUGGUUUCUCUUUCAAGGCACAGCAUGUGAAUUUUGUUGUUGAAAAAUAAAAAUGUUUCUAAACUUAAAACAUCACAGGUCUUAUUCAAAGGCAUGUUAAAAGACAGAGUUGAUCAACAUACGAAUAAAAUGCAUUUGUGUCCAGAAGAGGAAAGAACAAAAUGAAUGCUGUGUAGACCUUCCCAACAGAAGUGGACAACACAUGGGAUAUUUAUAAACACUGUCCAUGUGGUUGCUGAACUGUUUGUAGGUAGAGAAACAGUAUUUUUCUACAACAAAAACUCCACCAUGCCUUCAACCUCUUCAGGGUAAAUGUCAGACUUAGAUUGGACCUCAGCAUCCUACACGAGAGCUCAUUCUCUAUGGCUGAGUUGUGUUGUGAUCUGCGGAUGGCUUAAUGUUGCAUUGCUGAUGCACAUGCUGCCCUCUCUCUGAUUCAGAGACAAACCAAACUCACUUUUUCAGUGCUAUUGUGAUUGUUUGUAAUGUCACAUGAUCUAAUGUGUAUCGUUUUUUUAUUGACAAAACUGUACAAAGUAUCAUUGUGAAAUGUCAGAAGCCAACAUAAAAGCACAACCCAAAGUAGUGAAGACUAACACCAAAGAUUAUUUUUAAAUGUUUUGGCCAACAGUAAAACAUGUUGACAAAUACACAAUAAUCAGGUUCAUCUCUGAACCUGUAUUCCGAUGAAUGAUUGUGCUACCUUUGCAGCACAAGUCCAGCACAAGUGGACUUUAUUUUUCAAGGACAAAAGCUUAGUGACCAUAAGCUAAGCUUGGACCCAGAUGCAUUUAAUACAGUGCCAUGUGUAUGAUAAUCAUGUGUUAAGCUGUAUUGGGCAAAAAAGCUUCUGGAAAAUGUUUAACUUGGAUUCCCUGACUCUUGUUUGCAUGAUUUCAAAAUGUAUCUUUUUUCAAUAAAACUGCUAAAAUCAGCUGAGAACACAGAGACCAGAGCAAACCGAAUGCCUGAACAAUGGUGUGAGAA